AUGGAUUCUCAUGAUUGCCCUCUCUUGCCCGUGGGAGUGAGAUUCAAGCCUACUGAUCCGCAACUUCUUCAAUAUCUACACUGGAAAAUUCAUGGCCAACCAUAUUUCAAACGUGCAGUCUUGGACUGUGAUCUUUAUGGAGAAAUGGAGCCAUGGGAAAUCUGGCUACGGUUCGGAGGCAUCGACGGCGAACAUCUCUAUUUCUUCACCAAACUCAAGAGGUUCACCAAUAACUCUGGACGUUUGUCGGCGCAUAUCAACCGCAAGGUUGGCUUGGCCAACGGUACAUGGAGUGGCGAGAACUCGGGCAGUCCAAUUUUUGCUACCAAAACCGAUAAUACAAUAAUCGGCUAUUGCAAACGCUUUAGGUACGAGAAUGUCCAAUUGCCCGAGCGUCAUGGCGAAUGGAUUAUGCAUGAAUAUAGCUUGCAUCAAGAUUCGAUAUAA